UCUCUGUCUCUCUCGCACACACGCUUGAAGAGAAAAAGAGGAGAGGACAUUCUCUUUGUACUGAAUAAAGAAGAGUUGACCGCCGUCCUUUUUUUUAAGUAAGCAGGGUUUGCAUGCCGUAAAUAGCCCAUUAAGCCGCGGUGACUCUCUUUACCCGGAACUGUCCGAGUGGGGGCGAGCUGCUCGGACAACAAAAGCAGCUCUUCUUCCUGAACCAGGGAUUUUUUUUUUUGGUUGCCUUUUCUUUCCCCGAUUUCCUCCAUCGCUGCCAGGCGAAAAACAAAUCGAGCGUCGCUUCCCCCAACCCACCACCCCCAUCUCCGGAUCUACUCGCCCGCCGCCGAACCGAGCGAGCAUGGCGGCCGUCACAAGCCCGGAGACAAGCCCUCAGCCCCGGGUGUAUUUCCAGACGCCGGCCGGCACCACGGAGGAGCCGGAGACCCCGGUCCGCAAGCAGGGACGCGUCACCGUCAAGUACGACCGCAAGGAGCUGAGGAAGCGACUCAACCUGGAGGAGUGGAUCAUCGACCAGCUGACGGACCUCUACGACUGCGAGGAGGAGGCCAUCCCGGAGCUGGAGAUAGACGUGGAUGAACUGCUGGACAUGCCCAGUGACGUGGAGCGGGCUGCCAGGGUCAAGGACUUGCUGGUGGACUGUUUUAAACCCACUGAGGAAUUCAUCUCCGAGCUCCUGGACAAGAUCCGAGGGAUGCAGAAGCUCUCCACGCCUCAGAAGAAAUGAUGACGUGCUGCCCUCCUUUCUCGCCCGCCUCCCUUCAUCCUCAUCUUCCUCUUUACCUCACCCCUCUUCUGUUAACUUCCUUCUAACAUCAUUGGACCUUCUCACAAAAUCUUCCAUCUGUCCACGGGAAACUAGGGUGAGGACCAAGCCUCUUGAAGCACCCGUCGGGGGUUUGAUAUUUACUGUAGACCACCUUGUUGUCCCCCCAAUGUAGACUUGAAGGUUCUCUCUGUUUUUAGACCGGCGUCCACUGAGGAAAAUGGGAUUUGUUUGUGGGAAAAUAUUUUUUUCCUCUCCAAUAAUGUGCACUGUGGUCCGUAAUGGAGGCCCGCACGUGUUCUGGGGGGGCGGGCGAGUCGGGGAAGUGUUUUCUGCUGUUCCGUACGAGAAAGUAGUUUUUUUUAGUAAAGGACUGGUUCCUGUUUUUCAAAGUCACUCGCUCUGACAGUCCUACAACGAAGCUGCCUUGUUGUUUUUAUGACGAUGAUUAUUUCCACUCUUCAACCCCUUUCCCAUGCUGCUAACUCUCCUCCCUUUUCUGACCAUUUUUCAACCCACUUCAUUCUUCCGCGCUCAGCUCAUUGUGGUCACAUGAGCGGAGGAAAAUGUCGCCCGGGUUCCACGUGGAGACUUUUCCCCACGUCAUCAGUAGGUGGGACAAAGGGAGGGCGCUGUUUCGCGUGAAAUGUGUUCUACCCUCUUUUUGUUCACCUCACAUGGUGUCGGGUGUGUCUCCCACACAGCUGUGCGUGUGUACGUAUAGCUGCGGCUGUCAAUCACGUCCGAGCCGUCUGUUUCAAACCUCCGGCCAGCCACAAUCAGGUCGGACACUUGACAGGCGGCCAAUAGGAGAAGCACAAACGUUUGCUGCGAUUCCUGUGGUCUGUCACACACACACACACACACACACACACACACACACACACACGCACACACACACACACACACACACACACACAUUCUUGUAUUUCUCACCUUCUUGAGACCUCCGAAAAAUGCCUACCUCUUUAGGACCGCCCUUUCUAGAUAUAUAAAGAUUUGUAUUUACAACAUUAAUAAUAUACACAUACUAUGCAAAUAUAAAAAAGCUUGUCGUGAAAAAUGAGUUGGAAUUUCACAAGAAAAACUUCGAAUCAUGGCAGUGUUAUAAUAAAAGUCGUAAUUUUACUCUAAGCAAGUCAAUAUUUCACAAGAAAAACCGAACAUUUGCGCAGCAUUAUGAUAGAAGUUGGAGUUUUACUCGAUAGCAGUCGCAGUUUUGCAAGAAAAGCUUAACAUUUUGGCAAUUUUAUGAAAAGAGUCAUAAUUUUACUCAAUAACAGUCGCAAUUUUGCAAGAAAGGCCUAACAUUUUGGCAAUUUUAUGAAAAGAGUCGUAAUUUUACUCGACAAAAGUCACAGUUUUAUGUUGGUAAUAUUAUAACAAUAAUCGGAACAAUCAUCAUUUUACUUAACCUCUGAAGGCCCAAGCUGUUUGUUUACAUGCUUUUUUAAUUUCUCUUUGCUAUUUGGGCUUAUUGGACCCUAAUUAGAAUAAAAACUAAGAAUCAUCUUUUGAUAUGAUGUACUUAGUCCAUAAGUACACAAACGUGUACUUAAUGUUUAGUGACAUGCUAAUUCUUAUUUUUACACUUUUUUUCCCCCAAAUUCCAUUGUAUGUUAUACUCUUCUGACACCAGAUGGCAGUAUAAGUGUCCACAUAAGCGGCCAUAAGACCCCAAUUCAGUAGUGUACACAAUUUUGGAAAUAAGAGCUAAAAGGUGCUGUCCACGCAUGUGGCCACUAAGGUUAACAGAAGUCACUAGUUUACAAGAACAACAAAAAAAAUUGUAUUGGGAUAAAAGUCAGAAUUUUAAAUGACAAAUGUCACCAUUUUGCAUUAAAAAGUAAUAAUUUUACGAGAAAAUAUUGCAGUAUUACAGAAACAAAAGAAUAUGAGAAAUUGUUCCCAAUUUCAUAAGAAAGAAGUCGACACAUUGUGAGAAAAAGGUAAACUUUUAGUGUAUUUUUUAUUUUAUUUUAAUUUUUGGUUGGUAAUUGGUUUUUAAUCCUAAUUAUUUACUUCAAGUUAUUACAGUAUGUCUGUAUAUACAUAUUUGUUUUAUUAUUUUGGCCAAACGGGGCGCAUUUCAAUUUCUUACACACACUUGUUAUUUCAUAUAUUGACCGGAGGGGGAGCACUUUUAAAACCGACACACGGUCCAUUUUGAAAAAUCCCUCCUUUUUGGGACCACCCUAAUUUUGAUAGAUUUCACCACCAGGAGUGCAAAUGAGACAUUCUCUAUUAGAUGCAAUGGUUUUCCGUAUUGGGACCAUGAUUUAUGUCCUAACUUGUUCACCGGUCCUCAUAUGGAAGGUACUUUUCUUUGUUGAUGUCUCAAGAAUGGUAGAAAUACAAGAACACAAACACACACACACACACACACACACACACACACACACACAGACACUCCCUAUGUCUUCUCUCUCCUUGUUGUGUUUUUUUUUUUCUUUGUUUUUAAAGAAACGGAUGUUGCCUUAGGUAUUAUUUAUGUUACACAAACCAAAUACACGUGAGACAUUUUUGUUGUGGGUUUUUUU